CAUUACAACUUUACUACAUAUCCCUCCACUACACACCUUCUUAAUAUUAUUAUUAACACCCAUUGGAACACAUCAGAUGUCAUGGGGAAGCACUCCUCUCUCAGACUCAGCUCAGGGUCCUGGAAUAAUUAUCAUUAUUAAUAUUAAUAUUAUUAUUAACACCUAACGGCACACAUCAGAUGUCAUGGGGAAGCACUCCUCUCUCAGACUCAGCUCAGGGUCCCGGAAUAAAUAUUAUUAUUAUUAUUAACACCUAAUGACACACAUCAGAUGUCAUGGGGAGGCACUCCUCUCUCAGACUCAGCUCAGGGUCCUGGAAUAAUUAUCAUUAUUAAUAUUAAUAUUAUUAUUAACACCUAACGGCACACAUCAGAUGUCAUGGGGAAGCAGACCUCUCUCAGACUCAGCUCAGGGUCCCGGAAUAAAUAUUAAUAUUAUUAUUAACACCUAAUGACACACAUCAGAUGUCAUGGGGAGGCACUCCUCUCUCAGACUCAGCUCAGGGUCCUGGAAUAAUUAUCAUUAUUAAUAUUAAUAUUAUUAUUAACACCUAACGGCACACAUCAGAUGUCAUGGGGAAGCACUCCUCUCUCAGACUCAGCUCAGGGUCCCGGAAUAAAUAUUAAUAUUAUUAUUAACACCUAAUGACACACAUCAGAUGUCAUGGGGAGGCAGUCCUCUCUCAGACUCAGCUCAGGGUCCUGGAAUAAUUAUCAUUAUUAAUAUUAAUAUUAUUAUUAACACCUAACGGCACACAUCAGAUGUCAUGGGGAAGCAGACCUCUCUCAGACUCAGCUCAGGGUCCCGGAAUAAAUAUUAAUAUUAUUAUUAACACCUAAUGACACACAUCAGAUGUCAUGGGGAGGCACUCCUCUCUCAGACUCAGCUCAGGGUCCUGGAAUAAUUAUCAUUAUUAAUAUUAAUAUUAUUAUUAACACCUAACGGCACACAUCAGAUGUCAUGGGGAAGCAGACCUCUCUCAGACUCAGCUCAGGGUCCCGGAAUAAAUAUUAAUAUUAUUAUUAACACCUAACGGCACACAUCAGAUGUCAUGGGGAGGCACUCCUCUCUCAGACUCAGCUCAGGGUCCUGGAAUAAUUUUCAUUAUUAAUAUUAAUAUUAUUAUUAACACCUAACGGCACACAUCAGAUGUCAUGGGGAGGCACUCCUCUCUCAGACUCAGCUCAGGGUCCUGGAAUAUUUAUCAUUAUUAAUAUUAAUAUUAUUAUUAACACCUAACGGCACACAUCAGAUGUCAUGGGGAGGCACUCCUCUCUCAGACUCCGCUUAGGGUCCCGGAAUAACUAUCGUUAUUAAUAUUAAUAUUAUUAUUAACACCCAUUGGCAUACAUCAGAUGUCAUGGGGGAAGCAUUCCUCUCAGAGUCAGCUCAGGGUCCCAGAAUAACUAUCGUUAUGAAUAUUAAUAUUAUUAUUAACACCCAUUGGCACACAUCAGAUGUCAUGGGGGAAGCAGACCUCUCUCAGAUUCAGCUCAGGGUCCCAGAAUAACUAUCGUUAUUAAAAUUAAUAUUAUUAUUAACAACCAUUGGCACACAUCAGAUGUCAUGGGAGAAGCAGACCUCUCUCAGAUGCAGCUUAGGGUCCCAGAAUAACUAUUCUUAUUAAUAUUAACACCCAUUAGUACACAUCAGAUGUCAUGAGGAAACACUCCUCUCUCAGACUCAGAUUAGGGUCCCAGAAUAACUAUUCUUAUUAAUAUUAACACCCAUUAGUACACAUCAGAUGUCAUGAGGAAACACUCCUCUCUCAGACUCAGAUUAGGGUCCCAGAAUAACUAUUCUUAUUAAUAUUAACACCCAUUAGUACACAUCAGAUGUCAUGGGGAAGCACUCCUCUCUCAGACUCAGAUUAGGGUCCCAGAAUAACUAUUCUUAUUAAUAUUAACACCCAUUAGUACACAUCAGAUGUCAUGAGGAAACACUCCUCUCUCAGACUCAGAUUAGGGUCCCAGAAUAACUAUUCUUAUUAAUAUUAACACUCAUUAGUACACAUCAGAUGUCAUGAGGAAACACUCCUCUCUCAGACUCAGAUUAGGGUCCCAGAAUAACUAUUCUUAUUAAUAUUAACACCCAUUAGUACACAUCAGAUGUCAUGGGGAAGCAUUCCUCUCCCAGACUCAGAUUAGGGUCCCAGAAUAACUAUUCUUAUUAAUAUUAACACCCAUUAGUACACAUCAGAUGUCAUGAGGAAACACUCCUCUCUCAGACUCAGAUUAGGGUCCCAGAAUAACUAUUUUUUAUUAAUAUUAAUAUUAACACCCAUUGGUACAAAUCAGAUGUAAUGAGAAAGCACUCCUCUCUCAGACUCAGCUUAGGGUCCCAGAGUAACUAUUGUUAUUAAUAUUAAUAUUAUCAACACCCAUUGGUACACAUCUGAUGUGAUGGGGAAGCAUUCCUCUUAGAGUCAGCUCAGGGUCCUGUAAUAACUAUCGUUAUUAAAAUUAAUAUUAUUAUUAACAACCAUUGGCACACAUCAGAUGUAAUGGGGAGGCACUCCUCUCUCAGACUCAGCUCAGGGUCCUGGAAUAACUAUCGUUAUUAAUAUUAUUAUUAACACCCAUUGGCACACAUCAGAUGUCAUGGGGAAGCAGCCCUCUCUCAGAUUCAGCUCAUGGUCCCGGAAUAACUAUUGUUAUUAAUAUUAAUAUUAUAUUAACACCCAUUGGUACAAAUCAGAUGUAAUGAGAAAGCACUCCUCUCUCAGACUCAGCUUAGGGUCCCAGAAUAACGAUUGUUAUUAAUAUUAAUAUUAACACCCAUUGGCACACAUCAGAUGUCAUCGGGAGGCACUCUUCUCUCAGACUCAGCUCAGGGUCCCAGAAAAACUAUGGUUAAAGGAGUUAUCCCAAGAUUUUUUAAAAUAUGGUUGCUACAAGCCCCUUUGAAAUCCUAUAUUGGGGAAGGAAAUUCGGAAUAUAAUACAAAGAAAGAAGUAAAUGUGGUGCUUGGGACAGCGACUUGAAAGUUGUGACCAAGAUAGAGAUGGACUGGGCAAUGCUACCUGGAUCUUUGCACAUUUCUUACUUUCCUUCUCCUCAUUCUUCUCCUUCUUUUCCUCCUCUUUCUCCCCUUUCUCCUUUUUUUUGCCUCCUUCUCCUCUUUGUUCUCUUUCUCCUUCUCUUCCUCUUCAUUCUCCUUCUUCUCCCCUACUUCUUUUUUCUUCAUUCUCCUUCUCCCCUUUCUCUUUCUUUUCCUCCUUCUUCUCUACUUUAUCCUUCUCUUUCUCUUCUGCUCCUCCUCCUCUUCCUCUUCCUUCCUCUUCUACAUCUCCUCCUUCUCCUCUUUCUCCUCCUCCUCCUUUCUCUUCCUUCUCCUCCUCCUGGUUCUCCUCUUUUUUCCUUCUUCUUCUCCUCAUUCCCCUUCUUGUUCUCUUUCUCCUCUUCCUUCUCCUCGUUCUGCUUCUUCUGUUUCUCCUCCUCUUCCUCCUUCACCACCUUCUACUUCUCUUUCUGUUCUUCCUCCCCUUCCUCCUCCUCCUCCUACUUCUUUUUCUUCGUUUUCUCCUUCUUUCUCUUCCUUCUCCUCCUCCUUGUUCUCCUCAUUCUCUUUUUUCCUUCUUCUUCUCCCCAUCCCCUUGUUAUUCUCUUUCUCCCCUCCCCCUCCUCCUCAUUCUCCUUCUUCUGCUUCUCCUCCUCUUUCUCUUCCUCCUCCCCCUACACCACCUUCUACUUCUCUUUCUUCCCUUUCUCCCCUUUCUCUUCCUCCUCCUCCUCCAUUUUUCUCUUUUUUCCUCCUCCUCUUUCUCCUCUUCUUUAUUCUCCUUCUCUUUUUCUUCCUCCUCCUUCUUCUUUUUCUCCUUCUUUCUCUUCCUUCCCCUCCUCCUUGUUCUCCUAAUUCUCUUUUUUCCUUCUUCUUCUCCCCAUCCCCUUGUUGUUCUCUUUCUCCUCCUCCUCCUUCUCCUCUUUCUCCUUCUUCUGCUUCUCCUCCUCCUCUUUGUCUUCCUCCUCCCCCUACACUAUCUUCUACUUCGCUUUCUCUUCUUUCUCCUCCUCCUCCUCAUUCUUCCUGCUCUUUCUCUUCCUCCUCCUCCUCCUUCUUCUCCCCAUUCCCCUUCUUGUUCGCUUUCUUCUCCUCCUUGUCCUUCUUCUUCUGCUUCUCCUCCUCUUCCUCCUUCUCUUUCUUCUCCUUCUUCUUCUGCAUCUCCUCCUUCUCCUUCUCCUCCUCUUUCUCUUCCUUCUCCUCCUCCUCCACCUUCUACUUCUCUUUCUCUUCUUUCUCCCCUUUCUCCUCCUCCUCCUUUUUCUUCUUGUUCUCCUUCUUUCUCUUCCUCCUCCUCCUUGUUCUCCUCAUUCUCCUUUUUUCCUCCUCCUCCUCCUCCUCCUCCUCCUCCUCCUCCAUCUUUCUCUUUUUUCCUCCUCCUCUUCCUCCUUCUCUUUCUUCUCCUUCUUCUUCUGCAUCUCCUCCUUCUCCUUCUCCUCCUCUUUCUCUUCCUUCUCCUCCUCCUCCACCUUCUACUUCUCUUUCUCUUCUUUCUCCCCUUUCUCCUCCUCCUCCUCCUUUUUCUUCUUGUUCUCCUUCUUUCUCUUCCUCCUCCUCCUUGUUCUCCUCAUUCUCCUUUUUUCCUCCUCCUCCUCCUCCAUCUUUCUCUUUUUUCCUCCUCCUCUUUCUCCUCCUCCUUCUUCUCCUCAUUCUCUUUUUCUUCCUCCUCCUCCUCUUGUGAUGAUCAUGACUCUCCAUAAAAGCCCUUUCCCUUCUGUCCAGGGG